GCAGCCAACACAAUGGCAAAGACAGACAACCUCCUUUUUGCUGGAUUAUUUAUAUUUGUAUUAACUCAGAGGACUUUGUGCACUAUCGAGGAAGAACGUCAUGCUGAAUACUGGAACAACAAAGCGAAACAAGCUCUUCACACUGCACUCAAUGUUCAGCCUAAUGUGCAUCAAGCCAAAAACCUCAUCCUGUUCCUGGGGGACGGAAUGGGAAUACCAACAGUGACAGCGGCCCGAAUCCUCAAAGGCCAGCUGGAAGGAAAUUCAGGAGAGGAGGGAAGUUUGGUUAUGGAUACAUUCCCUCACUUGGCACUGUCUAAGACCUAUAACGUAAACCAGCAGAUGCCAGAUAGUGCCGGCACAGCGACGGCAUACUUAUGUGGGGUAAAAGCCAACUAUGGGACCCUUGGAGUCUCUGCUGCCACUCCACGGGGUGACUGUAGAGCUAUUUUUGGCAAUGAAGUCACAUCAAUUCUCCACCGUGCCAAGAAUGCAGGAAAAUCUGUUGGAAUUGUCACAACAACGAGAGUGCAACAUGCUUCCCCUGCUGCCUGCUACGCUCACUCUGCAGAUAGAGAUUGGUAUUCUGACUCGGACCUCUCUAAUGAAGCUGUCCAAAAUGGCUGCCGUGAUAUUGCUUAUCAACUGGUUCACAACACAGAGAUAGAUGUCAUUCUGGGUGGAGGUCGUCAGUAUAUGUUACCAAGAGACACACCAGAUCCUGAGUACCCGUCCAAAACUGGAGACCGGAAAGACGGAAAAAAUCUUAUUUUUGAAUGGGCUAAAAACAAAACAAAUGCUGAAUAUGUUUGGAAUAAAAGUGAGUUUGAUGCUGUCAAUCCUCGAAAAACCAACUUCCUUCUAGGUUUGUUUGAACCUAAAGACUGUCGCUAUGAGCUGGAGCGGGAUACAUCUAUGGACCCUUCGCUAACAGAGAUGACAGAAAAGGCAAUCAAGAUUCUCCAAAAGAAUCCCAAAGGAUAUUUUCUGUUUGUGGAAGGGGGGAGAAUAGAUCAUGGUCACCAUGCCACUUGGGCUAAAAAAGCUCUCCACGAAGCUGUGGAGUUUGACCGUGCAAUCGGGCGAGCAGCAGAACUCACCAAUGAGCUGGACACACUGACUGUAGUCACUGCUGACCACUCCCAUGUUUUUGCUUUUGGAGGACAUUCUGCAAGAGGAAACUCUGUUGUGGGAGUUUCUCGUGGCUUGGCCUCAGACAACAAGCACUUUACCACUGCUGUUUAUGGCAAUGGACCAGGAUAUCAGAUAGUCAAUGGAACUCGCCCUGAUAUGAAUGAAUCAAUUUCAUCAACAAAUGACUACAGACAGCAGACUACAGUCCCUCUCGACUCAGAGACCCAUGGGAUAGAAGACGUGGCCAUCUUUGCCAAAGGACCAAUGUCUCACCUUUUUCACGGAGUUCAGGAACAGAGCUACAUUCCACAUGUCAUGGCUUACGCUGCCUGCAUAGAGCCCUAUACAGAUUGCCAACUACUCGAAGGACACAGUGGAAGAAUUCACUCUAGCCUGCUUCUUGUUGUGAUGGGCUUGCUGAUUACCCUGUGCUCUGCCUGAGAUCACAGUACCAACAGAAUUUGUUAAGGUGUUGGAAUUAGUCCACAAUCUUUUAUUUUGGUUGAAAUUUAAAUUAUUAUUGUAUUGCAUUUCAAUGUUGUGCUAUGACAUAUGCAGCCAUUCUGGCAUUUUUGUUCAGCAUUUGAGCGGAAAAAGUAUUUCUAUUAAUACUGAAUAUGGAAGCUGUGAAUCUGAACACUUUCUUAAACGUUUGUAUCUAAAAUAUGACUGAUUCUUUUAAAAUUCUAAUUAUAAUAUCUUACUUUGUUUUCGUGUUGGAUUAUCAGCUUGUUUAAAAUCUGUCCUACCUCCAUGAAUAAAGAUAAAAUGAAAAUAAAAUAAAAACUAUUAAAGUUAAACAUUAUGUAUGUGAGUUUAAAAUUGCUGAU